GCCGAUUCGCGCGCGAGAGCUGGGCACACUCAUCCACAGGCACCGCUGGCGUACCGAUCGGUGCGCCAACCUUUACUCUCCCUCUCUGUAUUUACUCGGCACCUGUUUCGCGCAUCCUCGCUGAUAUAGUCCCGCGGUGCGCCGCUCUUCCGGCCAAUCGAUUGUCCGACUCGGCCGCGAGAGCUCGACGCAAGCUCCCCUGCGUACUUGGACUUGCCGUUGGAUCGGUUGGAUGAAAAAGUGUUGCUUGUUUCUCACGAGCACCCCAUCAGGGUUCUUUUGGCCCUCUGACACUGCCGAUCGCGGCUGGUCAUCCGUGACCGAGGGUCGUCCUUAUACAACUUCACUCCUCGGAGCUGUCGGUGAAGUUUCGAGCUCGUGGUUUUCGUGAGUUUGUAAGGAAGCGAACGAUGAAGGAUGCGAUGUCGAUUUGGAGCCGGCUGUCGGGCCGGCACUACGCGGUCGUGAGCCAGAAUGGAAAGUCUGACGAGCAGCAGUGGGAGCAGAAUCUGCGCGAGAGCCAGGACCCGAGUCUGUACGCUCGGAGCUUGCGGCGCAAGUCCUCGGUCGUCGUCAACAACUUCUUCAGCAACGCCAUUCCCGUCCACCCGGACGGUAGGCCCAAGUGGUCCGGAAGUAUCUUCAUGUUAAUGACGAUGGGCUUGUUGGGCUUGUUUACCGGCUGCCUGUUACUUGCACUGCAGCCGUACGACUACAUUUUCAAGUACAAGUCGAUCUUUGGCAAGGGUGGAGAGAUGUUUGAUAUCUGGAGGGUCCCGCCCAUCGAUCUCUAUCUCAAGGUCUACCUCUUCAAUGUGACCAACCACGAGGCCUACAUGUCGGGCCAGGACGCCAAAAUCAAACUCCAGCAGGUCGGACCGUAUGUCUACAAGGAAUUCCUAGAACACGGAAACAUUUCGUUUAACGACAACGGAACCGUCUCGACGGUACCCCUCCAUCCCUUGAAGUUUAUGCCACACUUGAGCAACGGAACCGAAAGUGAUGUCAUUAUCAUGCCAAACAUAGCUCUGUUGGUACUCCAAUCAAUCAAAAGAGACUCAGUUGAGCAAGUAUCUGGUAAUCAGAAAAAAAAUAGUAAAAACAGCAAAGUCCGCUUGUGA